UGUCACCAUCACUAAUCAUUUAACACAAUGGGUGUCAGCAAAGCUGGAAUACAGGUGGUGGCUCAGUUUUUUGUGUUACACCAUCAACACUUUUCAUCCCCCCAUGUGAUUCCAGAAUGUUUGAUGUUACCUUUGACCCUGCCUCUGUCAACAAAGUGUUCAGCAGUGUACUGGAGUGUUAUCUUUCAGCUACUGAUGAAUUUAAUGAUGAUUCUCACAUACUGAAUACUUCUUCAGGAUAUUGUGUGAAAGUGAUUGCCUCAGGUCACACAUGUUUGAAUACAAAUGUGAUCUCUGAAGGAGGAAAUUGCUUAGCUAUGCCUAAACAUGUAAUACUUGAAGUAUCAUCUUUAAGUCAAGUGUGCUACAGUACUGUACUGCUCAUAAACAAUUAUUCAACAGACCUUUUAUUUGAGUGUAUUUGUCAAAAUGCAAGGUUUAGUAUUCAUUGCUUACCCCAGACUGGAAUAGUACCUGCAGGAAAGCAUUAUGUUUUGUUAAUGAAAUCUGGGCCACAGCACUUGAAUUUAGAAGGAGAACUACAAGUGAGAGGAGAAGUUAGCAUUUCAUUUACUGGAAAAGAUGUUUACUACAAACAGGUUGUGUCCGUAAUUAGAAACCUGGUGAUUCCAAGACUUUUGAUUUCUGAUGUUGAGAAUGGCUUCAUUUUCUUCCCCAGCGGGUGCAUAGGCUGUAAGGUUGAGAUAACUACAAAAUUGUACAAUACAUGUAGCAUACCUUUAAGGUUUGAAUGGCACACAGAUGAAGCAGUUCUUUCAGUCAAGCCACAUGAAGGAUUAAUUCCUGCUGGGGAUAGUUGUGUUUUAACAUUGGUGUUCAAACCAGAGAAAGUAAAGAAGUAUGAAGUUGGUCUUAAUCUGUGUGUAUUUCCCAUGGAAGGUACAAGUCAAUCAAAUAACCAAGCAUAUUUAGCUUGUUGUUCAGCAUGUUUCCCCGAGCUGAAGGCAGAACCAUCUCUGAUGGAGUUUGGAGAUGUCUUAAUUGACAGGAAAGUUGAAUUUAUGAUGGUUGUACACAACCCUGGAGAUUGUGCAGUUUCAUUUCUGUUAAGCAACAAGGAAUAUACAGGAGACUGUGAUGUUCUGCUACCUAAAGAAAAAUUUUUUCUGCCUGCGCACUGUCACCUACAAAUAAUGAUAAUUAUUUGUCCUAAAACAGUGGGCACCAGAUGUUUAGAAAUACUUGGACGCUUUUUGACAGAAUCAGGUGAUCCUCUUCAAAUAGAGACUGUUCUGUGCCAAGUGUACUAUUUAUCAGUGAUGCCAUACCUACAGAUAUGUGAUGUACAUUGCCAUGGAAGCAAGUUAAUCCUGACCAAGGCUUGCAUAAGAAAGUAUAUGCAAGUGGAUAGAUUUAAUUUGUUCAUGAGGACUUACAGGCCUGAUCAAAACAGUGAAGAUUGGAUAUUGUGGGAUAUGGGUGCUACCUGUCUUGGCCAUAAACCAAUUUUUGUAAAGCUAGCAUUUCAGAACCCUAGCUCCUUUGCUGCAAAUUGGAAACUUAUAUUCCCCAAAGAUGAGAGUAUUGAACCUGAACAAUGGACAGAGCCAGUGCUAAGUGUGAAGGAAGAGAUGAGGUUGCAAGCUUUGGAGAAAGUACUUUUUAACAUCAAGCCACAGAGAGGAGUCCUGAAAUCUGGAGAAAUUAGUGUUUUGACUUUAGUCUUCAACCCCAAACAGUCUGGGAAUAUUAUUUUUCCUCUCAGGUUGUCCAUUGCAAAUGGUCCAUGUUUAAAGAUAGAAAUUAAAGCAGUGAGCAUACUACCAGAAACUGCAUAUAUACUGUUUGACUCACCAGUCCAUGCAUUUACUCCAAUACCGCUUGACCUAAUGGAAACACCAGUACAGUUUUAUCAACUUGUCAAUGCUGGUACACAAGAUUUACAGUUUGACAUUCACCUAGAACAUCCUAAAAAUAAUGACCAUGUUAUACAGUGUUUGGAAAACGAUGGAGAUAUUUCUCCUGGAAGAGUUAAAUAUGUACCAUUCAGAUUUUUUCCUCUUGAGGCCAAGACCUAUCUGGUGAAUGCCUCAUUUCAAUUUGAUGGAAAAAUGGAGACUGUCAUGUUUCAGGAAGACGUUUUUGAUCCUAGGACCAUCGAAGCUACAUGUGCUAUCUCAUCCUGCUCUGAUAAAGAACAUUUUUUAAACUUUUUUUCCCAAGAGGAUAUUCAGCUUUCUAGAGAUGUUAUUUUCUUUGGGAACAUCCCUGUUAGGGCCCUGGAAAGAAGGAUUGUAGUGAUAACUAACAACUCCAUGCGAGAUAUUCACUUCUUCUGGCAUCCAGUAGACAUUCUAGGAGUGGAGCUCCUGAUUGAUCCAAAACAAGGACUCCUGGCAGCAGGUGACAAAAUAACUUGUAAAGUAAUGAUAUACUGUAUAUCAGGUCCAACUAUAGUGGAGGUAGACUUAUGCUGCACAACAGAGCUUUUUACCUUGUGGCUCCACGUAUCUGCAUUCAUUCAUUCCAUCAAAAGUUUUUCAGCAAAGUUCCCCAAUGAUAUCUUCAAGUUUUUUAUAAAAAGAGGAUCUCUAGAUACUACCACAGAUAACACAACUGAAGUCACACAUGAUGACAAUAUACAAUAUGUGGAGGAAGCACAAGUAAUAUUUUAUGUUCUGGAAGAUUUACUGAGGGAUGUAUUGGAAGACGACAUAUUCCUGAAAAAGGUAGCACAUGUAAUUUCCUAUCCAAUUCCAUACUUCAUUCAGCUGAAACAAAGUGAUAUUCAGAUAAUACCUAACAUCAAAGGAGAUUCUUCCUCAAAUACUGGUAACCAAGAUAAGAAAGAGGUUCCUCACACUAAUUUUGUUGACUCAGAAGCUAGUGAAGAAGAUACUAAGGACAUUAACUAUGAAGACACCUUUGGGACUUCACCUUGCUUAUUUAAUGACCUGGAGUUACUACUGGAGUCUGCUGUUUGGGAUGUUAUUCAAGAUAUUGGAAAAUUGAAAUUUUAACUUCAUAUACAGAAUAUUAUAUAAAAUGUAAUUAAAGGUUUUCUUGAUGUAAUUGUAUCCUUAAAAACCAUACUCAGUUUUAUUAGUUUACCCUCUAGAAAUAAUUAUCGUUAUUAUUACUGUUUC